CAUUGUCUUGACAUUCAAACCGAUUCGCUAUCCUACGUUGCACGAAUCUUCGAAAAUAUGGCGGCGUCCGUGUUGAAGGUUGCACUUACAGGUCUCUCAAAGUGUGUUCGUCACACUUGUUCUCCAAUGCUGAGGACACUUUCAACCUCAACACCACUCUGCCAAGGUAUUCCAGGAUCUGUCUGGAAACUGGGAAGGCUGAAUCACAUUGCUAUAGCUGUACCAGACAUGGAGAAAGCCACUGCUCUUUACAGAGAUGUGCUGGGGGCUCAGGUCAGCGAUAAAGUUCCUCUUCCUGAGCAUGGAGUCUACACUGUCUUUGUGGAGUUGGGUAACACCAAGCUGGAACUGCUGCACCCACUCGGGGAGAAGAGCCCCAUUGCAGGCUUCCUACAGAAGAACAAAUCUGGUGGGAUGCACCAUAUCUGCAUUGAGGUUGAUGAUAUCAAUGCGGCGAUAGUGGAUCUGAAGGCUAGGAACAUAAGAACCCUGUCAGCUGAACCACGGAUAGGUGCUCAUGGGAAACCUGUCAUGUUCCUCCACCCAAAAGACUGUGAUGGAGUACUCGUGGAACUGGAGCAAGCCUGAAUACCCACAGGUCUCAUAAACUCUGUAGUUCACAAUUAGCCGGUUUGAAAAUUGAUUCAUUAUUGCACUUUUUCCACCAGUAAUAAUGAUAGCAAAUGUUGAUUUUUUAAAAUAUGUGUAAUACCAGGGUUUUGAGCUUGGAAAUAUAAUACAGUGGGGAGAACAAGUAUUUGAUACACUGCCGAUUUUGCAGGAGACGGAAUCUAAAACAAAAAUCCAGAA